AUGAAGUUCAAAUCAUUGGCUUUAAGUAUUAGAGUAUUUCAUUUAAGAAGAAUUUAUCAUAACACCAAUACAAAUGAGAUUUUUGAUCUUUAUCCUCUUGAAGAUUUAUUAGAGACUGAACUUCAAAUUGAAGGAGAAGGAAGUAGUGGAAUAAAGAUGACACAGCCUGAUGCUGCUUGUCGUCUAAAACUACUUCGGGUAGAGAUGCCUGAUGACAAUUUACCAGCAGAUGUUAAACCUUCAGAAUUGUUAUGUGCAAUCAAUGUUAAAGAAAAAGUUGAGAUCAAUGGUGAAAAUAGAUUAAUACAAAAACGUAAAACAAUGCAAAUUGAAUGGGAAAAAUGUUUUGAUGUUGGUAUAUUACCUGGUAGAGUUUUACAGGUAUUAUUAUUAAAUGAUAAGACAACUGUUGCUGAUGCUACAAUGAGAUUAGAAGAUAUUGUAUCAAAAUGUAAACCUGAUGUAAUUACUCAUAUUUGGAUAAAUUUAAAACCAUGUGGAAGAAUAUUAGCUCAAACAAGACAUGUUAAAACAACUGGAGAUAAAAGUGACAAUUGUGAUAAAAGUAUUAGUAGUUCUAACGAAAGAUCAAUGACACCAAAUAGUUUUGAACAUAAUAUUGGUAAUGGUAUUCAACGAAGACGUGGUGCCAUUAAACAUGCCCGUGUUCAUGAAAUACGUGGUCAUCAAUUUGUAGCAACAUUUUUUAGACAAUUUACAUUUUGUUCAUUAUGUUCAGAUUUUAUGUGGGGACUUAAUAAACAAGGAUAUCAAUGCCAAUUAUGUAGUGCUGCUGUUCAUAAAAAAUGUCAUGAAAAAACAUUAUCACAAUGUCCAGGUUCAGCUAAAAAUACCAAAGAAACAAUAUAUUUAAAAGAAAGAUUUAAAAUUGAUGUACCACAUCGUUUUAAACAAUAUAAUUUUAAAAGUCCAACAUUUUGUGACCAUUGUGGUUCUAUGUUAUAUGGACUUUUUAAACAAGGAAUGAAAUGUGAAACAUGUGGUGUAAAUUGUCAUCAUAAAUGUCAAAAACAUAUGCCUAAUUUAUGUGGAGUUAAUCAAAAACAAUUGUCAGAAGCUUUAGUUGAAAUUAAAAGAACUCCACAUUCAUCAAUUUCUUCAUCUAUAGGUGGUUUUAAUAUUGGAAAUCUUAAUAUUUCAGAUAAAACACCAUUAAUGUCAUUUGAUAAACAUACAAUUGGAAGUAAUGGUAUGGGUAUCAAAAUAAAAAAUCUUUUUAAAAGUAACAAUCAAAGUCAAGAUCAUAUUGAAAGUGAAGAAUUUACAAAUGCUAUAUGGACUGGUGGUAGCGGUUCUGAUGGACCUGUUAAAAAAUAUAAAUUACAACAUUUUAACAUGGUAAAAGUUCUUGGCAAAGGAUCUUUUGGUAAAGUUCUUCUUGUUGAACUUAAAGGUCGCAAUCAAUAUUUUGCUAUGAAAUGCUUAAAAAAAGAUGUUAUAUUAGAAGAUGAUGAUACAGAAUGUACUUUUAUAGAAAGAAGAGUUCUUAUACUUUCAAGUCAAUGUCCUUUUUUGUGUCAAUUAUUUUGUAGUUUUCAAACAAAUGAAUACUUAUUUUUUGUCAUGGAAUAUCUUAAUGGUGGUGAUCUUAUGUAUCAUAUACAACAAAUUAAAAAAUUUGACGAAAAUAGAACAAGAUUUUAUGCUUGUGAAAUAAUAAUAGCAUUACAAUUUUUACAUACUAAUAAUAUUAUUUAUCGUGAUUUAAAAUUAGAUAAUAUUUUAUUAGAUUCAGAAGGUCAUAUACAUUUAGCUGAUUUUGGUAUGUGUAAAACAGAAAUGAAUCGUGAAAAUGGUAUGGCUUCAACAUUUUGUGGAACACCUGAUUAUAUUGCACCUGAAAUAAUUAAAGGACAAUUAUACAAUGAAGCUGUUGACUUCUGGUCAUUUGGUGUAUUGAUGUAUGAAAUGUUAAUUGGUCAAUCACCAUUCCAUGGUGAUGGUGAAGAUGAAUUAUUUGAUGCUAUACUUAAUGAACGUCCAUAUUUUCCAAAAAGUUUAGGUAAAGAAGCAGCUAAAUGUUUAAGUGCACUAUUUGAUAGAAAUCCAAAUACAAGAUUGGGAAUGCCUGAUUGUCCGGAUGGACCUAUACGUACACAUGCUUUUUUUAGAGCAGUUGAUUGGAAAAGAUUUGAAAGUAGGAGUGUUCAACCACCAUUUAAACCAAACAUUAAAUCACCAUUUGAUACAUCAAACUUUGAUGAUGACUUUACACAGGAAAAAGCUUGUAUAACACCAAUUCAAGAUAAAUCAUUACUUGCAUCAAUUGAUCCUGAAGCUUUCCUUAACUUUUCAUACACCAACCCGGCGUUUAAUUAG